AGACAAGGGGCUAAAAGCAGAGUGGACUGAGUGGCCAGCGAAGAGCAGUGAAGGCGGCAGUCCCCUCACCUCGAGACCACCAGCUCCCUCCUGCUUGAGAUGUUCCACCGAAUUUGGGCAGCGUUGCUCUACCUCUAUGGUUUUCUUCUCAACGCCAUGGACCAGUGCCCUGAGCAGAGUCCACUAACAGCUCUGGGAAUGGAUAAAAAAGAGACGCACCUUGGCCUGUGGUACUUUAUCGCAGGAGCAGCCCCCACCAAGGAGGAGUUGGCCACUUUUGACUCUGUGGACAACAUUGUCUUCAACAUGGCUGCCGGCUCUGCCCCCAGACGGCUCCAGCUCCGCGCGGCCGUCCGCAUGAAAAAUGGGCUCUGUGUGCCCCGGAAAUGGAUCUACCACUUGACUGAAGAGAAAGGGAACACAGAUCUCAGAACUGAAGGCCGCCCUGACAUGAAAACAGACCUCUUCUCCAGCUCGUGCCCAGGUGGAAUCAUGCUGAAAGAGACAGGCCAGGGUUACCAACGCUUUCUCCUCUACAAUCGCUCACCACACCCUCCUGAGAAGUGUGUGGAGGAAUUCCAGUCCCUGACCUCCUGCUUGGGCUUCAAAGCCUUCUUAGUAACUCCCAGGAGCCAAGAGGCCUGUGAGCUGUCCAGCCACUGACCUGUAGCUUCAUCCGUGCCCCAGACGAGGCGAAGCUGAGUUGUGAAGGUGAGACGCUAGACGCUCACCUCUCUUUAAGGAUAAUAAAGAUGAUUUUUCAAUCCUCAUCUCAUGGG